CAGCAAACAGAUCCCUAAAAGAAACAGCCUCUUCCAGAUUUUUUUUGAAACCUCCACCCGACUCUCGUGAAGGGCCUGAACUGACUGACUCACCUCCUCCCUGGUUUGACAAUGUAGUUGCUCACAGGCGCCGAUGGUCUUUGAAUCACUGCCCGCGCGCAGACGUCGUCGGGGUAUAAAAGAUCGUUGGCGCCUCUCCUCUCUAACAUACGAUUGCCCAUGUGCCACUCAAGAAACCUGAACAAGCCAGGGAACACCUGUUUUCAGCAGCCAAAUAAGGUCUCUCUGUCACCUUCAGGAAAGAGAUACCCGGCUUUGAUGCCGGAAACCGCCUCAAGGAUGUGCGACCACCGCCGCAACCGCCACUCGCAGCUGUUCUCCCCAGCCCAUGACCCCUUUUCACCACUAUGCCGUCGCUUUGGUUACGGAACCCCGUCUCCAUCCCAGUCUACUAGAUUUCCUGGGUUCUACCGAGCGCUCCCCUCCUCGGUCUUUGGACAUCCGCCACCGGCUCGCCGUAAUGCUAGCUUCAACCACAGAGCGCCAUCCUCUAUCCCCCGGCCUUCCGGCGCCUCGUAUCGAGAGGACCCGGCUUGCUCCCACCGCCCGUGCCAUCUCCCGGCCCAUAGAAGGGACACACGACAGCCAGGCCCAGGUCGGAACAUGUUUCCCGACAUCAUCCCCAGCAUCGAGCGCGGUCCCAGCACGCUAUUCACAUCUCCCAGCCUGUCAACAAGGGAAGGAUCGCAGACAUCUUGUUCUUCUCCCGCACCACCCUCGGAGUCUCUCGCGUCGAGGUCGUACUCCCACGACGGCAUGGUCUCUCCCUUGGAACCGCGUUCCCGCCGACUCGAAACGCCGAGAUACAUCUCGGCCCUGCGUCCUCUCUCGACGUCCCCAUCGCCGGGCAUCCCGGGCGAGCCCCCAACCGCUCUGCCGCUCCCGACGCCGUCGCCCCCAUCUUGCGUCGUCCUACCGCCCGGAUUCCGUCUCGGCCGCCAAGCGACGGGCCCGGACCUGCGGGCCAGGGUCGGUGCGCCCGAGGACCCACACGUCGCCCUCGGCGGGCCUCAUCGCCCGCGGUGUCCCAGCUGCGAGUGCGUCUGCGUGUCCAUCGGGAACCGCUCGCGGCGAAGCGGAGGUUGGACAGGUACUUCCGGGCCUACCAUAGGGGGUUUAGGACCCCGGGACCAGCGGCGGCUACGUUGAUUCUUGAUUCGGCUGUGGGUGGGAAGUGAUGGGAUAACCCAUGAUUCGAGGGUGGGGAGUUAAUGAAGGACCUCCGAAACAAAAAUUAAGUGUUAUAUGAGCAGACUCAAGCAAACUUGGUGGAAAUGUGUCUUGAGCUCGUGAAGCCUAAACUGUACCAGGGAGAGCGGCUGAAAAAGGCGCAUGAAGCAGCCAAACGACGUAUAUCGCCGUAAGCCUCUUCGGGGUCUCCGCAGCCGAGAUGGUAUCAGUCAGCCUCCAUUUCAAGAAAUGCAGUGGUUUUCA